CCGUUUCCGGUUCCUAAUUCCGGAAGUCGCUUUCUGCGGUGGCGUGCGGCUUAGUGUGGUCUUUGUGAGCUUCCACCAUGGCUUACCGUGGCCAGGGCCAGAAAGUGCAGAAGGUGAUGGUGCAGCCCAUCAACCUUAUCUUCAGAUACUUGCAAAAUAGAUCCCGGAUUCAGGUGUGGCUGUAUGAGCAAGUGAAUAUGCGGAUAGAGGGCUGUAUCAUAGGUUUUGAUGAGUAUAUGAACCUUGUGUUAGAUGAUGCAGAAGAGAUUCAUUCUAAAACAAAGUCAAGAAAACAACUGGGUCGGAUCAUGCUGAAAGGAGAUAACAUUACUCUGCUACAAAGUGUAUCCAACUAGAAAUGAUGAGUGAAGUGAGAAGUUGUUGAGAGCAAUAGUUCCCUCCUUCUGCGCCCCCGCACGUGUAGCCAUCCUUUGUUAGGAAUAUAAUUCUAAAAUGUCGUCAUACCAUGUGGAUUAUUUUUAUGUUAUUACCAGGUGACAAUAAAUGCUGUUGAGUUGUUUUUGUUAAAUA